AAAUAACCCCCACCAAACACUCACUGCAAAACAUUGUCACACGCACCCCCACAACACCCUGUGCUUUCAACCCGCCUGUCUUCUUUUUGAACAUCUUUACUACUAUCAGGCCAGACCCCUCAUACGCGAAAAAUGAUACUCAAGGUCUUCUCCAUCGAAGGCAAGGGCCUCAAGCUCGACACUGCCGAGGACAUCCAGCCACACAUCAAAAGCCUUCAUGAUGGGAUAGAGGAAGUGCGCAUUCUGGGGAACACGCUGGGAAUAGGAGCGAGUGAGGCGCUGGCCAAAGCGCUGGAAGGACGCAAGGCACUGAAGGUCGCAAACCUCGCCGACAUCUUCACAUCUCGCCUACUUUCGGAGAUCCCACCUGCGCUAUCGCAUCUUCUUACGUCGCUCCUCACGUGCCCGAACCUCCACACCGUCGACCUUUCCGACAACGCCUUCGGUCUCAACACGGUUGCACCGCUUGUCGACUUCCUCUCGCAGCACACACCCCUCCGAUACCUCUUCCUGAACAACAACGGCCUCGGUCCUGCUGCUGGUGUCCUCGUCGCCGAUGCGCUCACCACCCUCGCCGCAAAGAAGGAAGCCGCGCGCAAGGAAGGCAAAGAUGUCCCCGACCUUGAGCUCGUCAUCUGCGGACGCAACCGUCUCGAGAACGGAAGCAUGGCUGCUUGGGCGAAAGCCUACGCUGCCAACAACGGCGUCAAGACCAUCAAGAUGACACAAAACGGCAUCCGUCAAGAAGGCAUCACACACCUCCUCACAAACGGCAUAUCGAACCUCUCCAAGCUAGAAACACUAGACCUCCAAGACAACACAUUCACCGCCAUGGGUGCAAAAGCACUCAGCACCGUCGUCGGCCGCUGGCCUGAGCUCCGCGAACUCGGCGUAGGCGACUGUCUCCUCAGCGGCCGAGGCGGCGUCGCCCUCGCCGCCGCCCUACAAAAGGGAAACAACAAGAAGAUCGAAGUCCUGCGCCUGCAGUUCAACGAGAUAAACGCAAAGGGAGUCGAAGGCCUUGCCUCGGCCUCAGCGUCCAAACUUCCCGCUCUCCGCCGCGUAGAAUUAAACGGCAACAAGUUCGACGAGGAGGACGCUAGCAUCUCCAAGCUCCGCGACAUCCUCGACGGCAGGAAAGACGAGUCUGGCGAACAUGAGGAUGACGAGGAAUACUGGGGUCUUGACGAGCUGGAUGAGCUGGAGAGCGACGAAGAGGACGAAGAGGAGGAGAGUGAUGAAGAGGGGAAGCGGGGCAGUGAUGACGACGAGGAGGGCGUCGAAGUUGAGGAGCGCGCUGCGAGACAGAUUGCUGAGGACCAGCGGACGGAAGAGAGCGAUGUGCCGCAGGACAAGAGCAAGAAGGUCGAUGAUCUGGCAGACCAGCUUGCGAAGGCAGAGAUCAAGUAGGAGC